GCAGAGCGUCCCCGCGGAGCCGGGCGGCGGCAGCAUGGGGCUGGAGCUGUACCUGGAUCUGCUCUCGCAGCCCUGCCGCUCCAUCUACAUCUUCGCCCGGACCAACAACAUCCCGUUCGAGUUCAAGCACGUGGAGCUCUUCAAAGACUCGGUGCUGGGGAAGAAGCCGGCGGCGGCGAGCGGCGCGGAGCGGCCCCGCACAGGUCCAUGUCUCUCCUGUGCUGAGGACCCCACAUCUGGAUGCAGCACUCCAGGGCCAUCAAAUAGUGAAGGGGAUGGCAAAAUCAGCCUCUUGAAGAAAGUACCAGUACUGAAGGACGGAGACUUCACCCUAGCAGAAUGCACUGCCAUUCUGCUGUAUCUGAGUCGAAAGUACAACACUCCUGACCACUGGUACCCAUCAGACAUAAAAAAACGGGCCCAGGUAGAUGAAUACCUCUCGUGGCAUCAUGCUAACAUCCGGGCUAAUGCUCCUAAGACCAUGUGGAUCAAGGUGCUGAUUCCCCUCUUCACAGGGCAACCACAGCCAUCAGAGAAGCUGCAGGAGGUUAUGGAGGGGCUGUCCACUUCCCUGAAGCAAUUUGAGGAGAGAUUUCUGCAGGACAAGGCUUUUAUCAUCGGGAGCGAGAUUUCCUUGGCAGAUCUUGUGGCCAUUGUGGAGCUGAUGCAACCUGUUGGAGUUGGUUGUGACAUCUUUGAAGACAGGCCCAGGUUGAUGGAGUGGCGCAGGCGGGUGGAGGAAGCUGUGGGGAAGGAGCUUUUCUUCCAAGCCCAUGAGAUGAUCCUGAAUAUCAAAGAACUGAGCAACAUUCAGAUUGAUCCACAGCUGAAAGAGCACCUGGCACCUGUGUUGAUGAAGAUGUUGAAAUGAAUUAACCUAUAUUAUUUUUUUUCCUGCCCUUAUUAUUAUUUUUUUACUUCUGUGAUCUCCAGCUCUACACCUAACUGGAAAAAAAAAACACUGCAUUUCUUACAUAGUCUUGCAAGGUGUCCUCCCCAGCUUCACUAAGCCUUCCCUGCAUCUUUGGGGGGUGGGAGCUGGGGAAGUUUUAAGACCUGAAACAUUAGAUUUGUAUGAACGGGAGAGGCCCUAUGGGUCCCUUAACACAUGCAUCUGGGUUAUAUUUUAGUGUCGCUCAGAAAUGUUGGAAACAUGAAUAGUAUUUCCUGAAAAAUUGGAGCCAGCCUGCAAACUGGAACAUCAGAGAUCUAUCUAGGAUGAGGAUCAUUGUUUUCAUGUGUUUGUAACAUUUGUAGCUCCUUCUUAAGUGGCAAGCACAGCAAAGCAUACCUGAUCCUCACUUCCCCAGCAUGCGUCUCUGCAUCAGUGAGUAUGGAACAAAGCUACAGUAGUCACUAAAGUAAAAAGAAGACUUUUUAUUUUAUUUUUUUUUUAAUUUAAUUUUCUCGUUGCUGGAGCACAUUGCUUGGCCACCCAUCUACAUUCCAUACUUCUGUUUGCCUUUAAGAUCCUGUGAGAAGUUUCUUUACAUUCAUCUAUGAUUGUAAAUCAUUGCAAUUCUUUAACCACUGCUCUCCACUUUUCAGAGCUGGGUUUCUUAGGCAUGUGGUCUGUCAGUACACGUGUGGUGGGGCAGUUCUUGGGAGAUCUGUGUAAUAAAGACCGAGCAACUUCAAACAGCUGAGGGUGGCCACAGCCUUCACAUAAUUGCCUACUUGAAUAUCCUCUGUUGAUAUUAUACAUGGAAUACUCUGAACAAAUGCAUUCACAGUGACUUCUUUAAAGAGAAUACGACUGCAAUCAAAUAGUUCUUUUCUGUGGUAAUAGUGCAAUAGCAAUCCACAUUCCUCCUAGAAAAUGGAAAGGAGGAAUAAAUCUAGACACGCUCUUUGGAGAUUGUUUUGGAUGGAAGUUCACCAAGUCUCCCUGUGCAAGCUGAAGUAAUAAGGGAGAUUUUGUGACAUUGAGCAACAUACGCAUCACAAUAAAAGGGCAGAGUUGUUUUGGAGCUUCAAGGCUCUCUUUCUUGGUUGUGUUGUUUCUGAUUAGUUGUAGCUCAAGUGGGAAACCAUUUUGUACUGCAGCACAAAAUAAUAAUAUAAUAAUGAAGCAAAAUAAGCAUUUCUAGUUUGGUUUUUGUUUUUUUUUUUUUCAGUUGAAAACAGCAAAGGAUGCAAAAACUGUUGGAAUAUGUAUGUCUGCAUACUUCCAGUCACAUCUCGCUGUUGCUCUUGAACCUUACCCUGAAAUCCUUGCCUAGUAAAUAAUUUGGGAAUUGUGUCUCUCAGUAACUGAACAGCUCAUUCUCUUUACAGUACUAACAUGUCUUGGCUACUCACAUUUCUGCUGUUAAGUACUAUACAACCCGAUAUAUUUGGGUGGGUUUUUUUCUGAAAUUUUACUGCUAGGUAUAUGGAUUUAGUCCAGAGUCUGGGGAGAUCUUUAAAUUCCCCAUCUGGAAAGAAAAUCUCAUUAUAUACUUGAGCUUUCAGUAACAGAAAAUUUCAUUUUUUAUGUUCUCUGUAGGGAUAAGAGACCUGACUGAAGGCUCUUUCUUUUUAUGAACUGAAAACAUUAGAAAUGGGCACAUGUUUAUUCCCACCUUUCCUUUCUUCUCUUAUCCCCCAAAGAUUUUUUUGCUCAAGUUUUAUUCAGGACUAUUGUCUACACUUGAGAUAAAUUUUAAAUGGGAAGUGGUUGACCAUUUGAGAACUUUGAGAGUGGAACUGCUAAGUGGCUGAUGACACACACACAUGCCUACAAAUGGGAAAAAAUACCAGGAUUUUCCAAAGGCUCAGCAAAAUGGAGACUGCUUUGCUGCUGUGCUGUCAUCUCUCGGCUCAUCCCCCUGCAAGCAUUUGAGUUGCCAGCUCCAAGACAGAAACAAUAAAAAACAAAUGCCUUUAGUGUAAUAAAAACUCUGGGAUUCUGGGUUGUGCCCUGAGGCCAUGGACAGUUUGCCAUUUGUGGUCAACCCCCAGGAGCAAAGGACAAAACGUAUCAUUAAAAUGUUUGUGACAGACCCUCA